CGAUGGUGCUUCUGAUGACGAUGUUUCUGGCAAUAAUGUUUUGGGAGAUAAUGACAUUGUUUUUGAUGGUGCUGUUGUUGAUUAUGAUGACGAGGCUAUUUCUGAUGUUAUUGAUUCAUUAUCCAAUUCUUUCUUUAUUUUACUAUGCCAUUCACAAAUAUUCUACUCCUUAUCAAGAGCAUUUUUUUGA